CGAGGCCUGUUCUCAUAGAGCUGGUUCCCGCCGCUCAGCGGCAACGGCGUCCUGAAGAAAACGCUGGGCGGGCGCCAGUCUCGAGGAACGCAGCCCUCGGAGGCGCCGGCGCGGGCCCGCAGGUCCUGCUCAGAAGCUGGCCUUCCCAAGAUGCCUUCCCAGGCAGCUUCCUAAAGCACACCUUGGUCACUGCAGGUCCCCCUCCCCUCAGCACUGCUUGCAAAUGUAGGCCAGUAGGCCAGGACAUUGCUGAGAAGAUGACUCCUUACGGUUCCCACAGGAGGGAUGUGCGACCUCGUGAGCUUCCCAUUAGACCGCUGCAUGUUAAAGCGCACAAAGAGUCCAAAAGUCGUUCCAGAGUUGGCCUGAAGUCGAGUUCCAAGCAAAAGACCACCAUUUUCAGCACACUGGGCAGUGAGAAGUCCUUAUCUGACUGCAAAAAGGAGCAGCAAUGGAAACCUGCGUACAGCAGCGUAACUCCAGUUUGCUUUCCAAGCCCUCUGACUGACAAGGCGAUAGGCAAAGAAAGCAUGCCUCAGACUCCUCCCUUCUCAGCAAUGUUUGACAGCAGCGGUUACAACCGGAACCUCUAUCAGUCUGCAGAGGACAGCUGCGGAGGGCUGUAUUACCAUGACAACAACCUCCUCUCCGGCUCUCUGGAAGCACUUAUCCAGCACUUGGUACCUAAUGUGGAUUACUACCCAGAUAGAACAUACAUAUUUACCUUCCUACUCAGUUCACGGUUAUUCAUGCAUCCCUAUGAACUAAUGGGCAAAGUUUGCCACUUAUGUGUGGAGCACCAGAGGCUAAGCGAUCCUGAUGGUGAUAAGAACCAGAUGAGAAAAAUUGCACCUAAAAUUCUUCAACUCUUGACAGAAUGGACGGAAACAUUUCCUUAUGACUUUCGGGAUGAAAGAAUGAUGAGAAACUUAAAGGAUUUGGCUCACAGAAUAGCCAGUGGCGAGGAGCAGACAUACCGGAAGAAUGUCCAGCAGAUGAUGCAGUGUCUCAUCCGAAAACUUGCCGCUCUCAGCCAGUAUGAGGAAGUUUUGGCGAAGAUCAGCUCCACAUCCACAGACCGGCUCACGGUCCUCAAGACCAAGCCGCAGUCCAUCCAGAGGGAUAUCAUCACUGUCUGCAGUGACCCGUACACGCUGGCCCAGCAGCUGACUCACAUAGAGCUGGAGCGGCUGAAUUAUAUUGGGCCGGAAGAGUUUGUUCAGGCAUUUGUGCAGAAGGACCCUUUGGACAAUGACAAGAGUUGCUUCAGUGAGCGAAAGAAAACACGAAACUUAGAAGCCUAUGUGGAAUGGUUUAAUCGCCUAAGCUACUUGGUGGCGACAGAAAUCUGCAUGCCUGUCAAGAAGAAGCACCGAGCACGGAUGAUUGAGUACUUCAUUGACGUGGCUCGAGAGUGUUUUAACAUUGGCAACUUUAAUUCCUUGAUGGCAAUAAUCUCUGGCAUGAAUAUGAGUCCAGUCUCGCGGCUAAAGAAAACGUGGGCCAAAGUGAAGACUGCAAAGUUCGACAUUCUUGAGCAUCAGAUGGACCCUUCCAGCAACUUCUAUAAUUAUCGAACAGCUCUUCGUGGGGCAGCACAAAGGUCUUUAACUGCUCACAGUAGCAGAGAGAAGAUUGUGAUACCAUUCUUCAGUCUCUUAAUCAAAGACAUUUAUUUCCUCAAUGAGGGCUGUGCCAACCGUCUCCCAAAUGGCCACGUCAAUUUCGAGAAAUUUUGGGAACUGGCCAAACAAGUGAGUGAAUUCAUGACAUGGAAGCAAGUGGAGUGUCCGUUUGAGAGGGACCGGAAGAUCCUGCAGUACCUGCUUACAGUGCCCGUCUUCAGCGAAGAUGCUCUGUACCUGGCUUCUUACGAGAGUGAAGGACCUGAAAAUCACAUAGAGAAAGACAGGUGGAAGUCUUUAAGGUCGAGCCUCCUGGGCAGAGUUUAACACAUGGGAGCUGCUGCUGCUGCUGCUGCUGCUGCUGCUGCUGCAUCACACAGAUCCUGCAAAGGCUGGCAUUUGUCUUCUGGCAUCUAGAGCUACAAACAAUCAGGAGGACUCCAUAGGCCUCACAGUGUUCGGAUCGGCAAAGCAAGCAAGCUCACUCCAGAGCAGAUGGGAAACCCAUUUCCCACAGCUGACAGAUUGACUCAGACUUUUUUGUGAGACUGAAAUGUUCACUGAAGACACUUGAGAAAGAAUCCUCUAAAGAUCCCGGUGCUGUACAUGAUUCAUCUCCUGGAAUUUCCAUGUGAAUCACAGCUCUGCACCGGAUGGAGUUUUCUUUUGUGUGUGUGUGUUUUUAUUUGGUUGAACUUUUGCUGCUAAUGGGACUUACCCAGCUGAGUGCUGGCUCUUAGGAAGCCCAUGUUCCUUUGUUAAUUUAAAUGAAGAAGGGAGAGGAGGGAGGGGAAAAAUCCCCUCAGUUUAGAUUCCAGACCUCAGCUCCAGCAGCUUUGCUGGAGAGGAGGGCACUGGCUGGAUGAGGACUUGGCUCUCCUUUAGUGUGUGCUGUGUUGUAAAUUCCUCUCCUCCCUCUUCCUAUGAGGUUUUGAGUUGGCUGCUGGUUAGCAAACUCCUUUUUACCCACAUAAGUUAUUUAAUAUAAUAAUGAAGCGCAACACUGUGGUAGGAAAAUAGCCACUAGGGAAAAAAAAAGCAGAGUUUGAGGUUGUCCGACUGCUUACCUCGCUAGAAGGACUUCUUUGUUUUCUUUGCCCUUCUGAGCUGUUUACAACUGACCACUGUGUUUUACAGAUGUAUUUUUCAGAACUUUUUUUGUUACUAGGUUUUCCAUAACACCUGAUUUUUUUUUUUUUUCUUUCUUGUAAAUUUAAAUGAUCUGACUUUAAGGGUCUUGGAAAAACCCGUGGCAUAAUCACAAUUUUUUUUUUUUAAAAAACGGACUUUAUUUUUCAUACUUUUUGCAGUCUGUUGCUGACUAUGUAAACAAAGAGUAAACUGGAAAAGUUUGCCUCCUCCCCCGUAGCAGUGAACAAAACAGUGAAAAACCCUUUGCUGUUAACUCAGUGACUGAUCUAAUUGUGAAAUAGCUCACCUAUGUUAAACAUCUAAAUAGGUCUGUAGUGCUCUGCUAACAGCUGUCGUGUAUAUUUACUCUAGGAGAAACUGUAGAGUAGUAAUCUGUGCUGAUGAAAAAGCAAGCACCAUGUUCAGACAGAUGUAUUUGCCAACUUCAUGACACGGCUCAGAGAAACAGAGCAUGUGUGUGUGCUGCGUGUCACCCCAGCACCCAAACCGGCUCCAUUGUCCCUUUACUGCCAUCAAUAUAUUUUACGCUCUGCGGCCAGUGGUGGUGUCUUUCUUUUCUUUUAGGGAUGGGAUUAUUGGAUGGGUUGGCUUUGUAGUCAGAGUACUGCUGCUCAAAAUCAGUAUGUCCUGGAGGAAAUGGCCUGAAGGAAUAUGUGCCUAGGUAUUUCUUUUCUAAAAAUGAAUCACAGUAAACAUUUGAUGAACGCCAGAUUUCCCUCAAAAUAAGACCUAAAAGCUCCGAAAACUAGAGAUCAAAAAUGCCAGCCCCAGUCAGCCUAUCCUUCUCUGCCAUUACAGAGUAGCCACUGAGCCAGCAUCCUGAGGUGUAAUCUGCAUGACACUGGCCAUCGCCAUGGUGACAACCAGCCGGGGCUUAUUUUCUGGUUAGAUAUUCUUAUUUUGGGGGAAUCGUAAUAUUUGCCAGGUGUUUUCUAAGAAUAUAGCACAGAGCGUGUGAUCCUCAGCCCCACUUUUAGCCAUGGAAAAAGGUAUAUAAUCGAUAAUAAAUUCUUCCAGGGCCAGAUAGUGAACGGGAAGGCAUAAGGAUCUGAGCUAGGCCUUCUAAUUGCAAAGCGUGUUUUUCAACCACAUUCCUGGAGAUUUGCAGCUUCAGCAGCCUUACACAGUCUGGGGAUCUUGUUUACCUGCUGACUGGACUCUGUAGAUCUGGGCUUGAGCCCAGGUUACACUGCUACUGGUCCUGGACUCUUGUGUUGAGGAGGGGCACUCUUGUCCCAUUGGUAUCUGGAGAUUUUAAUUUUGGGGAGUGUCUGAGAAAUGAUGCAGACUGGCCAGUACCACUGAAAGAUUUCUUUUCCAUUGCUUGAGACAGCGGGGCACAACGCACUAUGUGAAGGGCAGCAGGAGAAACACUGGGAUCAGGAGGCAGGAUCUGAAAUGAAAAGAAAACCUGGGCCGUGGGCUUUGUGGAGGGUUCCAUAGGAAAAAGAAGUAGGGUAAAGUGAACAUUUGGGGCUGGCAAGCAUGAAUAAUUCCAGCGGGCUCUGAGCAGUUGGGGUGGUGUCUCUAGGUUCCUAGUACCUGGGCCCCAGGUGCUUUAAGGCACAAGAAAUGCUCCGGUAUGUAACAGGUAAAGGGGUCAGGUGGGGACUAGGGGUUAGUUUGGUUCCAUCUGAAAGAAAAGCUCUAGGCUGAGAGUUUUGCCUUCUUGGACAGGCCUGGGAGUGUCCUGACUUUUAGUAUGUCAAAGCCUCUUAGAGAAAAUGUAGAGAUACAAUUCAUGCAACUCCACAAUACCGUCUCCUUUCCCCUUGGACUGCCUUACCCUGAACUCUGCCAUUUCAGUUGAUAGCAGAAACUUUUAUCUUCCAGCUAUGUCAGUCAGGGAUUGACCCCAACACUGUGGGGUGCCGGCCAGAUCAAGCCAGCUGCUUGUUUUGAGUGACCUAUGAAGUAACAGGCGGAAGAAACUCAACACGAGAAGAAUAUCUCAUGACAGGAAAAUGUGAAAUCAAAUUUUGAUGUCCAUAAAUAAAGUUUUGUUGGAGCCUGGUCA